AUGCCUGUUCCACAAGAAAACUCUCCUUACCCUCAAAUCGAUGUCGAUCCACACUUCAGACGGGUUGUGCAAAAUUUCAGACAAUCAGAUUAUUUAGCAUGGGGUGCUGCAACUGCCGUUUUCCCAGGAGCAUUAUACUUUAUGGAACAAAUCGAUCCAACAAGACCGCCUAGAGGUGGUUUACGAUCUGCUUUGCGUUUGGGUACCUUUUUGGGCGCUUGUGGUGGAUUCUUGUUGGCAUAUCAGAGAAGUAGUUUCCGACUAUGGGGAUGGCAAGAGAAUGCAAUUGAAGUGAAACGGGCAGAAGAACAAGGAGAUUCUGCACCCGGUCUGGACACAAGCGCUUCCGAUAUGAGCCCAUACAUGCAAGGUGUUUCUCAUCGUAACUCCGUCUUUUCACAAUUGAAGUUCAGCACACUACCAUGGUUCAACUUGACAAACCAUCCACACCAUGGUCAAGGAGUACAGAAAGAGGGCGGAGAAUCGAGCGAGUAA